CACAUUAGAGUAUCUUAUUUUGUUAAUAUGCAGUGUUAAUUAUGUACAUUAGAGUAGAAAAUUAGUGUAUCUACAUCUGUAGUUAUGCACUGAAACACUGAAUUUGAUUUUAUUAUGGGCAGUACAUUAGAGUAUCUACAUCUGUAGUUAUCCAUUGUUAAUUAGAGCAGUGCCAAUAAAGGGCAAAUCAGAGUAGCUUAUUUUGUAGUUAUGCAUUGUUAAUUAGAGCAGUGGCAAUAAGAGCAAAUUAGAGUAGCUUAUUUUGUAGUUAUGUAUUGUUAAUUAGAGCAUUGUUAACUAGAAUUUUUGUUUUAUCUUGUUCUGUAGUUUGGAUGAUGCUGUUUGGGAAGUUAGAAUGCACUUCCAUGAAAGAGACAACUUGGAGAGAUCCCUAUGCAUUUCAGACAUCACAUAUCACAAUUUGGUAGCAUUAAUAGAGACAGAGGGAUAUGGGGUGAAUGAUUACAUUUACUUUGUGAGGGAGCCUGGUGUGGGUAUUGAAGGAUUGGUAGAAAUUACUGAUGACAUGGUCGAUGAAAUGCUUGACCAUAUUGCUAGUAAGGAUGAGACUGUACUGAAUUUGACAGUGAUUAGGGCCACUGAUCCAAGACCUGCAGAUUUGAAUUCAGGUUAUUUGUAUGAGGAGCAGGUUCCUUUGAGUCAAUUAGGAGAAAUCCCUGUCUAUGAAGUCAAUCCUUCUGGAGUUCUUUUCAGAUCACCUGAGAAAUCAAACAAACAGAGGCAGUCAGAGCCACUUCAGUUCUUUGCCACACAAUAGAGCUCAAACUUACAUAUUGCUAUGGAGCAAGAUGAGCAGGAGACACUAAUGGAGCUCAAGAGGAGAACCAAGAUUGAGAACUUUAGGAAACAUAAGGAGGCAUCUGAGCAUGUUCAAAUGGUUAAGCAAAAACUACCAGUUCUUCUAAUUGAAGAUGACUCUGAUCUGGAUGCAGAUGAGGACUUUCUUAACAGGCUUAAUGAAUUGAGGAGGCAGAGAGAGGACCCACUCCUUCAUUUUGAAGGAGACACUGAUGUGGAUGAAGUGUAUGGGGAAGAUGAGGAGGAGUAGGAGCAAGUGGAGCAAGUGGAGGAGGAUGAGCAGAUGGUGCAUGAGGAGGAGGAGCAGGUGGAGCAACAACAGGAUCCACCAAAGAGGAAGGAAAAAAGAAAAGGGCCAACCAAGAGGUCACAUUCAAGCUUGGAGCAAAGAUUUGAGGAUGUGUGGGCACCAUCAUCAGAUGAGGAGCUAGAUGUAGGUGAUUUGAAGGAGGAAUAUGAUGAUGGAGCUGAGAAUGCACCUUAUAUUCUGCCCAAUGGAAGGAAUAGAAGAGCAUAUAAAGCACAACCAAGGAAGUGGUACAGUGAAGAAAGAGAGAACCCAGAGGAGCAGUUUUGUAGAAAGCUUUGUUUCCUUAAUGUGUACCAAUUUAGGAGAGCACUCCAGACAUUUCACAUAAGUCAGAAUAGGAACUAUGAGUUCCACAAAAACUGCAAUGACAACAUCAUAGUUGUCUGCACUAAUGUUAAAUGUCCUUUCUACAUUGCAGCUUCUGUUCUUGCAAAUGAAAGUACUUUUGGAAUAAGAAAGGCCAAUUUUUUGCACACAUGCCCAGCAGUAGCAAAGAAUACCAAGGUGACAACAAAAUGGGUGGCACACCAGUGUGAGGAUAUGCUGAGAAUUGAUAUUGGCACACUAAUCACCACAAUUAUGCAGAAUUUGAAGAAGAAAUAUGGAGUAGAGAUCAACCCAUAUGGCCUAUAGGGCUAGGAAACAAUCAUUGAAGGUUGUCCAGGAGACCAGAGAGGUCAAUACAUUAGGAUUAGAGAUUACUUGCAGGCUGUUUUGGACACAAACCCAGGAAGUAGAUGUGUUGUGACCACUAAGCAUCUACCAAAGCACCCAAGCAAGAACCCAAGGUUCCAUGGCAUGUUCUACUGUCUUAAUGCUUGCAAAUAAGGGUUUUUAGAUGGAUGUAGGCCAUUCAUAGGUACAUUGUGUUGUAACUUGUGUAUUGUAUUUGUUAUUUGGCCACAUUAAAUACACUGUCUUCUCACAGUUGUCACUUUGCAGGGGUAGAUGGUUAUUUUAUCAAGCUGUCAACAGGUCAGCAGAUCCUUGCUGCAACAGGAAGGGAUGGAAACAACAACAUAUAUCCUAUAGCAUUUGGAGUUGUUGACAAAAAGGACAAAGAUAGCUGGACCUGGUUCUUAACACAACUAAAAGAUGCACUUGGUGGAGAGAGUGGAAAGUUUGGGCACUAUACUAUCAUUAGUGAUAGGCAAAAGGGCAUUUUAAAUGCAGUAAACCAUGUAUUUCCCAAAUUGUCCACAAAGAUUCUGCCUUAGACUCAUAUAUCAGAAUUUCCAAACAGCUGGUUUUAGAGGUGAUGAACUAAAGAAAUACAUGGAUGCAGCUAGCUACUCUUAUACUAAGAAUGAACACCUAGCUGCAAUGAAUGAUUUGAAAAGAGAGUGUAAGGCAGAUUGGGCAUGGCUUAAUAAAGUACCAAUUCAUACAUGGGCUAGACAUGCAAUGGAUUUAACCUGCAAGACAGACCUAGUUGUGAACGACAUCAGUGAGGUGUUUAACAAAAUGAUCCUAGAUGUUAGAGGCAAGCCAAUAAAGACCAUGCUGGAAGGAAUUAGGACUAAAUUGAUGGUCAAAUUUAACACCAAUAGAACCAAGACAGAGACAACAAAUUGGGAGAUUUGCCCAACAUAUGCAGAGAUGUUAGAGGAGGCAAAGUACAACUCAAGGUGGUGCCAAUCUUUGAUGGCUGGUCCUAACAUUUACCAAGUUAGUAGUGGAGAUUACACCUACUCAGUCAACUUGCUGCACAGAACAUGUGGAUGUAGGAAAUGGGAUAUGACUGCUAUGCCUUGCAAUCAUGCAGUAUCUGCAAUUGUGAAGGCUAAGUUGCAACCUGAAGACUUUGUUGAUGAUUUCUUCAAGAAGGCAAUGUACCAAAAAGCAUAUGGGCAUAUCAUAUUUCCUGUCCCUGGUCUAAAUCAGUGGCCAAGGACAAGAACUCAGGACAUAGAGCCUCCAGUUUUCAGAGACAAAGUUGGGAAGCAACAAACAAAGAGGAGGAAAAACCCAUUUGAGAAGCCAGCACCAAGAGAUACAUCUAGGAUGGCAUCCAUUACUUGCAGCAACUGCAAACUUGUAGGGCACAGAUACACUGUGUGCUCCAAGCCCUUGAAACCAGCUCUUGCAAUGAGACAAAACCAGCAUCAGGUUAGCUAAGAAUCUUUCUUUGUGUUUUUGCAGUUAUGUCUCCAUGUGGGCACAAAUAGAAUUGUAGUUAUGUCUGAAUGAUUGUUUUUGUUUUUUAAAUGCAGCCAAAUAGGUCAAAUGCUUCUGCUUCAUCUACAGCUGCUGCACCAACAAGGAAGAGGCCAUCUCCAUCUACAUCAGAUGUUGGGACUACUCCUCCCAGGAAGAAAGCUGCACCUGCUGCAAGUACACCUACUGCUCCUCCAAAGUGGAGAGCUGCACCUGCUGCUACUGCACCUACUGCUCCUCCCAGGAGGUCUCCAAGGAAGAAUGCUACCCCAUCAUCUACUGCUCCUCCAAGGAGGUCUCCUAGGAAGAAAACUACCCAAGCUGGUGCAUCUACUACAUCUGCUGCAGGCCAUAGGGGAACAUUUCAUGCUCCAAGACAAACUGGAAGGAAGAGGAUAGUUUCCUACAAGACG